AGGAAAAUCCGGAAUUAGAGGUACACGACUUUGCCAGUCCCCUUGGCGGUCACCCUCUUUAAAUAUCCACCUCCUCAUUGCAAGUUCCCUACCCCAUAAGAACAAAGCUGGUGCGAGGAACGUGUUGGUGCCGACUCGACAGAGAGUACAACUUGCUGAACACGAAGGAGAAAGUUCGUCAGGAUACUAAGAUGGUUCGCAUCACGGAAGAUCAGGUUGUUCAGUUUUCCCUGGAAGAGGUGCAAUCGGCGAAAUUCCGAGCUUCUCGAUCAUUGCUGGGCCGCCUUUUCACUGAUUCCUUUGUCACUCCAGCGGAACUGCGAGAGGCGCUGAUCACUGCUUGGCAAAUCAAGGGCCAACUACGCGUCUCCAUCGCCAAACAUGGCCUCUUUGAAAUUGUGCUGCCAUCCACAGAAGCACGGGUUUGGGUUCUCAAACAAACCCCGUGGGUAGUCUUGGAUGCCAUUCUCCAUCUGCGGACAUGGUCCUCGACCAUCACUUUGAGCACGUUUGAAGACUUGGCCACUGCCCCUUUUCGGGUUCAGCUUUGGAACGUCAGGGAAGACUGCUGUACCAAACAAUUUGGUCAGAAGAUGGCGCAGGCCACCAUUGGGCAAGUUCUGGAAUCCGGUGUCUUUGCUUCGAAUGAGACCAAUGAGCAGUUCGUGAAGGUGAGGGCGGUGAUUGACUUCACAAAGCCAUUGCGAUCCCAAAUCAUGGCUGCCAGUGAAGAAUUGGACACCUUUUGGGUAAACUUGAAAUAU